UUUGCCCCUCAGCUACUAUUCGCUUGCUUGAAGCCACUCAGUUUGCUUUCACCAGCCAACCAUUUAUUGCUUGCUGCUCCUCACUCUCAUCCCAUCAAAGGGCACUCUGCAUCUCCCCAGUUUCCAAACCAAGCUUUGAGCAAGUCCAAAUCAACAUGAUGAUUGCAACGACAUGCCUUCUGGUCACUUUAACAAUCUUAAUCCAUGGACAAGUUGGUAACUCCCAUGUCGCCACCUUUCGUCAAGCAACUGACUCGUUAAAGAGUAGUAACCCAAGAAUCUCCGUCGGCGAAAUGAAUGAUCCUUUGGAAUUCGAUGAGGGUUCCGGAAUAAUGGAAGCGAUGAUAAAUGUGGGCGAAUGUCUCGGAGAUGGCAAUCAGAUUUUUGGGAUUUCCCUGCCAAAUCCGAGUGGAUGUAAUAUUUUCCAGACCACUGGAUUUAACAGUGGUGGAUAUCCAAAUAAUUCAGGAUCUUCUUCUCAAUACAAUUGCAUUUACGUCCUUGAGUUUGAGGCUACCGCAAAUGGAACGGUGACCGUUAAAGAAAAGGAUUUUCAGUUCCAAGAAGACUUAAAUGGAUUUUGCUCGGAUCAUGUAACCAUUAGUAAUGUUAUCGAUGAACAGCAAGAAAUCGACAAUAGUGACUCCGAGGAUCUAAAUACAGGUAGAAACGUCGUGAAAUAUUGUGGCACGAUUACAGAAGACAAGAUCCGCGAUUUCUCUACCGAUGAACUUGUCAUUCAAUUAAUCGCCGACAACACGGAAAACGGCAACGGAGCCGAGAUUGUUAUAUGCAUUGAUUGAAAGAGUUGGGGGUCAAAAACCCGUUUCUAUGUUAUGGAACCUUUUGAACUCUGAAGUGAUGUUUGGUUUAUUUGGUUUUUCUUUCACUUAGACCGACUUCAUGGUUUCGAAAAUAGAUUUAAUAAAUCCUUUGAGGGUCCUG